GCGCUGCGGGCUGCGUCACAAGUGCGGCGGCCGUGCAGCCGGGAGGACGGCGGUGAGUUGACGCGCCCCGACGGCGGGCAUGGCCCUCUGGGGGCGCCGGGGGCGGCGUGCUAGCAGAACCAUCUGGCCUGUAGCCUUCAUCCUCGGUUAAGGAAAUGACCAACCAGUACAGUAUUCUCUUCAAACAAGAGCAAGCCCAUGAUGAUGCCAUUUGGUCAGUCGCCUGGGGGACAAACAAGAAAGAAAACUCUGAGACAGUGGUCACAGGAUCCCUGGAUGACCUGGUGAAGGUCUGGAAAUGGUCUGAUGAGAGGCUGGACCUACAGUGGAGUCUGGAGGGACACCAACUGGGCGUGGUGUCCGUGGACAUCAGCCACACCCUGCCCAUCGCUGCGUCCAGUUCUCUCGAUGCUCAUAUCCGUCUCUGGGACUUGGAAAACGGCAAACAGAUAAAGUCUAUAGAUGCGGGACCUGUGGAUGCCUGGACUUUGGCCUUUUCUCCUGAUUCCCAGUAUCUGGCCACAGGAACUCAUGUGGGAAAAGUGAACAUUUUUGGUGUGGAAAGUGGGAAAAAGGAAUAUUCUUUGGACACAAGAGGAAAAUUCAUUCUGAGUAUUGCAUAUAGCCCUGAUGGGAAGUAUCUGGCCAGUGGAGCCAUAGACGGGAUCAUCAAUAUUUUUGAUAUUGCAACUGGAAAACUCCUGCACACGCUGGAAGGCCAUGCUAUGCCCAUCCGCUCCCUGACCUUCUCCCCGGACUCUCAGCUCCUUGUCACUGCCUCAGAUGAUGGCUACAUCAAGAUCUAUGAUGUACAACACGCCAAUCUGGCCGGCACGCUGAGUGGCCAUGCAUCGUGGGUGCUGAACGUUGCGUUUUGUCCCGACGACACUCACUUUGUUUCCAGUUCAUCUGACAAAAGUGUGAAAGUUUGGGAUGUUGGAACAAGGACAUGUGUCCACACCUUCUUCGACCACCAGGAUCAGGUCUGGGGAGUAAAAUACAAUGGAAAUGGCUCAAAGAUUGUGUCAGUGGGCGACGACCAGGAAAUCCAUGUCUACGAUUGCCCCGUGUAAACACCAGAGUCUCCAGACUGGUGUGUAGAUCACAACAUUCCUUGCCUUUCUAGCAUUUAUUGGAGCAGAAACUUAAAUUUUGUAGGUACACGAUCUUUUCACGUUCUGUUGGAAAAGCUCUUCUUACUUGAACAUAAAGCGUUCGUAACACAA